AAACUUUAAUACUAUUUGUUCCAAUGGCAUGGUGUUCUUUGUCAUGCCUGAAGUUAGCUUUAUAGCAGGAAUUGUGAUAAUGCUCAAACAAGAUAGAAAAAAUCGAAAUUUCAGAAGAUGGUUCGGUGAACAUCGUAAAUUUGUUAGUGCCGUUACCGUGCUUUCUGCCAUUGAUAUUCAAGAAUUGCAAUUAAUUCACUCGGAUUUUUGCAGAUGUAUAUUAUUUGAAUGUGGAUUUGAUGAUCAUACAAAAAGAGCUUUAAUUUAUUUUGAGUGCUGUUAA